CGCGUAAACAUACGCACGGCGCACGCGUGACAGCCGGGUGUUUGCCGCCAAUCUCCCCGGCAUUUUUCAGAGUUCGACAGAGUGUGGUGGAGAGAACGAGGUAUCAAUUGGUAUUUGUAUCCGUCCGCGAUCGCGGACGUAGAAUAGAGGAGAGAGAAACGUAAGCGUAAGUCUUGUUUCGCGCGAAUGCGGUUACGUGCCGCACGCUUUUCUUCUCCGCCUUACCUCGCGUCGCUCGUUUCGUUCUCCCGGCCGUCAGCCUUCCCUUCGACGCCUCUCGUUCCCUUUCACUUUCGUUGACGCUUUCGCGAGAAUCGGACGCAGGGAGCGUUUCCUACAGCUUCGUGCCCUCCCGAUCGUCCCGCAGCGAUGUCGCAGUACAGGGGUCCGAGGCCCGGUGGCAUGUCCGACGAGGAAGACGAGUACGGCGAGGACGACGACGUCUUCUUCCCCGUCGAGGAGAAGGAGUCCGUCGUCAAAGAGCGCACUCCGUGGAAGGAGGAGGGGAAGAAGGAGACGAGAGCGGACGAUCUCGAGGUGGCGACGUACAACGACAACGACGAGCGUACGCAACGCGACUACGAGGAUCGCGUUGUGAAGGCAUGCACAAUGGGACAUUUGGCAGUGGUACAGGAAUAUGUUGAACAACAUGACGUCAAUAACUUUCUGUACACCGGAUGGACCGUAUUGUUAUACGCGACUUCGUCGUUGGAACUGGAAAUAGUGGAGUAUCUUUUAACACACGGUGCAAAUCCGAAUAAGCAUAAAGAUGGAUUUACACCUCUCAUGGCGCUGUGCAAUUCCACAAAGGCAACGACGGAAAAAUCUCUGAAAUGUCUUGAACUGUUAGUGAAAGCAAAUGCCGAUGCAAAUGCUAUAAAUAAGCGAAGGGAAACGGCUCUAAUGUACGCCUGUAUGUCGCAGAGUGCGGAAUUUGUCUCCGAGCUUAUAAAAUACGUGCAUGACGUUAAUGCUUGCGACAGCGAUGGGAAAACUGCAUUGAGCUACGCCGCUGCAGCUAAUCAGCCCGAUAUCGUCAAGAUCCUCUUGUCGCAUAACGCGCAUACGUCACUGACAGACAAGGACGGUUCAUCCGCCAAGGACAUCGCGGAUGCAAAAGGAUUCACAGAGAUAUCCGCUCUGUUGGAUAAUAAUGAAGAGGAGGUACUGAAUCAUUGCGAAAUAUCAGAGAUGGACACUUGGAAAAAUUUUUUUCCCUCUGUGUAUCCUAAAAAAAAGGAAGUUUUACAUUUAGACGUGUCGAUAAUGCUAUAUGGAAUGGGUUUGGAACAAUACGCCAAAGAAUUUCAAGGAAUGGAUAUUAAGACCUUUUUGCAAUUGACAGAGGACGAUCUUUGCCAAUUGGGAAUAGAUAUUACUGUACACAGAAAAGAUUUCCUAGAUAGUCUGGAAAAAUUUCAUAGCAGAAGGUGGCGUAUAGAGAGUUUUGGCAAUAUUAAGAAAAAUCAUUCGUAUACAAUUUACGACGGUAUAGUAUCAUUGACGAAUGCAAAGAAGCAGAUUGGCGUGAUAGCUUCCAGUUUCCAGUAUCUCAGAAAUAAUUUGGUGAAAACUGCAAACGAAAAAAUCUAUAUGCGCGCCGAGAAAAAAGAGGAGUACGAGGAAAAACUGAGAAAGACGCAAGAAACGUUGAAACGCCUGAAGAAAGAGAUAGUACAAAUUAAGAAACUAGCCCACGAGAUCGACAAGGAAGAUGAUAUGGUUGUACCGCCAACCUGGAUUGGUCCCGAGAGUAAACACAAUUUGAUUAUAGCAAUCGAUCGGACUGUAACAAUAAGCAUUACAUUAAUGGUAGGACUGUACUUGUGCAGAAAUACGUAUGUUCAAAGAUUGUGGAAUAUGUGUAAUAUUAGGCUAUUUUCAUUGCUUCGUUUUACGUAACCUUGAUAUUUCUACG